GUGGGUUUGGGUUUUAACAGUGACAAGCUCAGAAGCAGCUUCAUGCAAAAAGGGAUGUACACACUUCACUGUGAGGAUCUCCCAGUGUCGGCAGAAAGAUGGAGAUGGCAAAAUACAGAACAGUGAUGAUGUUGCUCAUCACUGCUGGGAUCCUUCUCCAAGGGUGUGAUUCAGAUGUGAAAUGCAGGAAUGACGAAGGAACCGAGGUGGACUGGUACAUCUUAUACAAGCUGCCCUGUGUGAAUGGUGAUGGAUUGUCCUAUCUGUACAUGGAUGAGAGCACCAACGGAUGGAAACUCAGCAACAAGAAAAUCAACAGUGAAUCUGGAACUGUGGCAAACACCCUGAAGCCUCUUCUCCACUUCUACGACAAAAAGUCUGAAGGCUUUGGAUACCUGCUCUAUAAUGAUCAGCCUCCAAAUCAACGUCAGGCUUCUGUAUCAUUUGGCCACAGUAAAGGAGUCGUGAUGUUGGACAAACAAACUGGAGUUUGGCUCUCACACAGUACACCAAAAUUUCCAACAUAUCGCAGCAAAGACUUCUGGCCAACCAGUGGAAGCAGUAAUGCUCAAACAUUCAUGUGUGUGACUUACUCCUACGAAGAAUUCAGAAAAAUAGGAUUGCAACUCAAGUACAUCCACGCAUAUUUCUAUGACUCCGACGUCCCGACAACCUUCCACAAUGAGCUGCGAUGUGUCGCUCAGCGGAGCUGCUUUCCAAAGGAGCCCUGGUCUAACGUGAUGAUGCUGACCUCGAUGAGAGGACGCAAGUUCACCAGCUUUGCCAAAUACACACGCUUUGCGGACGAUCUGUACUCUGGCCUUAUUGUAAACCAUCUGAAGCAGGGUCUGUAUGUGAAGAGCUGGGGGAGGAUGCGGCGCCCCCUGCCUUCUAACUGCAGCAUCCCUCACCAUGUGAACAACAUAAAGACAGUCAGGCUUAAUGGACAGUCCUUCAAUGACACCGUGGAUCACUCCAAGUGGUGUGUGACACCUAAAGGUGGUUGGACCUGCAUAGCUGACAUGAACAGGGAAGUGAGUCAGAUGAGGAGAGGUGGAGGAGCAAUAUGUGUUGAAGACUGUGCAGUUGCAAAUGUUUUCACUGCCAUCAUGGAGCAGUAUGAACCAUGUCAACCUACAUGUCCAAACCGCAAGCGAAUGCUGUCUGGCUGACUUCACGCUGCACGAAGGCAGGGCCGUAGGUCCAGGUUAUUAAAGUCACUGCCUGCUUUAUGCUUUUUGCUAUGACACACCAUGUUUUGGUGAUUUUUAAACCUUCUCUUUAUAUAUCAUUCUAAAAAAAAUUUUAUGGCUGAAAAACUGCAUGCAAUAUUCAAAGCUUACAAUUACAAGCAAAUGGAAAUGAGAAAUGUCUGCUUUUAUUUUGGUCUCUGCUUUUUUCCUGAAAAAUGAAAGAAUAUACGGGUUCUGAUAAAACUGUAUCUUAAAUUUAACUCAAUGUGUUCGUCCAAUUAACAAAGUAUAAAUUGCUCUUCCUCAAUUGUUCACCCUCUCUAAACUCAGUGUUGAUAGCAUAAGGGAAAAAGAGAACAAAGAGUGCCCAUGUCAACAUGAUGAAUCAACUUUAAACUGAAAUUAAUAGGCAAAAUCAGUAAUC